CUUUAUUGGACAUAAGCUAAAUUUGAGUAUCUGUGUGGUGAAUGAGAAUGCAACUCAGAUGGAUCAUGCAAUGAAACACCCUCUUAAGCAGGUGUCCUGAAUCCGUACCUCCUUUGAAAGAAGAUAUUAUAUUCUAGAUGUUGAAGCCCUGUGAUGGGAGGAUGGCAACAAAACUCCAAGGAAAUCCCGUCGUGUCUCAACACCCAAAACUACUGCAUACAAGGUUGCGUUUUUUAAUGGUUUGGACCCUGCAAUGACCGGAAAUCCCAGACGGUUUGAAGACAACGCACCAACUAUUCUUGAAAUGGAAAUUAUGCCGGAGAGUAAACAUGAAACCCAGGAGGAGUUGAAAGAACAUACUGAGCCAGCAACUGAUACACGUAACACAUAUCAAGCGCCACAGAAGCAACAAUCAGAAGACGAUGAAGAUGUCGGUAUACCUCUAGAUUUAGACACAGACAUUGAAUCAGAAAUAUCAAAUGGAGUGAACAUUGGAACAACGAGCGAUAUUACAUUUACCAAAGUAGAAACAAAUGAAGAUGUCAAAUUGAAUACAGAGGUGAAAAUCCAUAAACCCCAAAACACAGAGUCGAAAUAUAAUGAUGAUACAGAUACCAUUCAUAAUAAUGAGAAAAAAUGCACUCCUCGGAAGAACAUUUGCUUUCUCAAAGUGCACAAGUGUGCUGGAUCUACUGUUACAAACAUUUUCCAACGAUAUGGUAAAGACCAUAAACUACGAUUUGUUCUACCAGGAAAUGACGUCAAUCUAGGUUAUCCAAAACGGUUUACUUACAACAAAGGUAUAAAUGAGUCAUUCAAUUUACUUGUUAACCAUGCCGUUUUUCACGAAAUUAAUAUGAGAGCAAUUCUUCCGAAUGAUACGAUUUUUAUUGGUAUAUGGAGAGAUCCGUUGCAGCAUUUGCUAUCCGUUUAUUCGUGGUUUAACUUGGAGAAAAGACAUGGGUAUCCACCACUCGAUGACUUUAUACGCGAUCCUGGUCGUUAUAACAUAACCACUGGCCAUGACAGUUCUAUGCAUUCCCUCGCUAAAAAUUUCAUGACGUUUCAUUAUGGGUUUAAUCCUAUGGUUGAAUACUCUAAAACAGAGCUAGUUAAUAUGACACAGUAUUUGGACAAAACCUUCUCAUUCUUUAUAAUUGUGGAGUUUAUGAAUGAGAGUUUAUUACUGCUAAGACAAUUGUUGUGUUGGACAUACAAAGACAUAUUAUAUCUUAGUCAUAAAGUAAAUGGCAGCUUUAAGGAGAAUUCACAUAAGACUUAUUCCUCUAAAAAUAUUCUUGAACAUUCCAAAACAGACGCUUACUUUUAUCAUCACUAUAAGCAAGUACUUUUAGAAAAGAUAAAUUCAAAAGGAGAGAGACUACAAAAGGAGUUGGUAGCGUACGAGGAUGUCCUGUCACAAACCAUAGAUUUUUGUUCCUAUAAUGUUACGUUGAGUGAAACUAUUGUGCAAUCUCCUCCUGUAAUAGAGGCAAUUUUGCUGACAAGAGAUGAUUGCCAUUGGAUGACACUGAAGCCAAAACAAUUUGUACCAAUUUUGAGAUCACUGCAAAGUCCAUAUACCGAUUAGAAGUUGAUCCAUCUGAUCGACAAUAAAUAUUACACACCAAAUCACCUCAUGGUUACAUCACUUUUGCAUUAUAUAGCAUUAGUGAAGAAUUAAAAAAAACUAGCAGACAAAACCUGUAAUGAAUGUGGACAAUAUUUUGAAGUCAUGAUGAACUAGGUGGACAAAGUCCAUAAAAAUGGAGGUCAAGAAAGGACGGUAUAUAUUCUAUUUCUUUUUAAUGCCGACACUCUGUAAAAGGGGUUAAUGGUAUGCCAAUAAUAGCUUCUAUGAAGCCCAAAAAAAGAUUGAGUUACUUACUACAUACCUGCAUUAUGAAAUUCGAGAUAAAUUACACAGAAUUAACAUAUAAUUUUCAGUAUUUUUUCGAUUCUCUUUCGUUUCUGGCGUAUAAGCCAAAUAAAUUACUUAUAGGAAUUAUGUGAUUGUUGAAUUUAUCAAGGAAUUUAAGAGCAAUUUGAUAAUAUUUUCU